AGAGAGAGAAAGAAGGAGGCUGGUCUUGAGUCUCAGAGGAAAACAACCAAAAAGGGUUUCUGGGGAAGACACAAGGCUGCUAUGGAGACCUCAUCCCACCCAACCCUCCUCACCAAGAAAGGGGUGAGGAAGGAGAUGCAGAGGGUGAACAUGGAGCUUCAGGUGGUGACAAGGGAGAGAAAUGAGCUGCGUGAUCAAGUAUUCUUCAUCAGGAAAGGACCCGUGCCCAAUUGGCCAAAUACUUGGUAUGAAGAUCUGAGGAUGGAGCAUGAGGAGGUCAUGAAUGACCUACAGAGAUUGCAGAAUGAGAACAAGGAGGCUUCAGAGAAGGUGGAUGAGCUUGCCAACCUGACAGUCUUCUAUCGUGGUCUGCACAGCCAGGUCCUAAUGGAACAUACUCAGCUUAAGGAGCAGGUAGCCCUGCUGAGGCAGGAGAACAACAAUCGGACAGAGGAUUGGGUCCUGCUGAAGAUCCACUUGGAGGCAUUGAAAUUGAUGUGUGAGGACCAAGAGGAAGAGACCAGUGACCUCCAAAACCAGCAACAACAGGCAUUUGAAAGAUUGGAGGGAAGCCUACAGGUCCUGAUGAAACAGAAGGAGAUGAUCACCCAGGAAAAGGACUUGGCAGAAAAGCUGCAGCAUCACUUUGAGGUCUCCCAAAUGAGGUAGGAACCCAGGCUGGGGGAGCAGGUGGAGCCACAUGGGUACCUUGUUCUUGGGAUCACUUUCAU